AUGGAACAUAACCACCCGCCCUCACUAGAUCAAAAACAAGAUUGUUUGAUCGGUGGAUCUGCAGUUGUGGGACGGAGAUCUCCGCCUGUUUUGCGCAUUCUGGGUGACGUCUUGAGCCUCUUGAUUACUGGAGGUUUGGUAUGGUAUGUAUUCGAGGAUAGCAAGGAUAGCAAGGAUAGCAAGGAUAGCAAGGAUAGCAAGGAUAGCAAGGAUAGCAAGGAUAGCAAGGAUAGCAAGGAUAGCAAGGAUAGCAAGAAGGCGUGGUUGACCGGGUUGCUUGAAUUAUUAUUUGGAUCUUGA